AUGGGCCCCUGUACCGCCUCCUCAUGCUGCUGCCAGGCCCGUAAUCUGCCAUGGGCCCCCGUACCGACUCCUCAUGCUGCUGCCAGGCCCCGUAUCUGUCAUGGGCCCCUGUACCGCCUCUCCUCAUGCUGCUGCCAGGUCCAGAGUGUGUCAUGGGUCCCUGUACGCCCUCCCAUUGCUGCUGUCUCCAUCGCCACACUCUGCCAUGUGCCACUUUCAGGUCUCCUCACACUGCGGUGGUUUCCAUUUUUGUCAUAGGGUGCUGUAUGGCCUCUCCAUUGCUGCUGCCUCCACGCCCACACUGUGCUCCUCACUCUGGUUUUGGCCCCGUGACUGCCCAAAUGAGUGAAGUGUGCGGUGAUUCUAAGAUCGACGGCACUCAUCUGCAUGUCAUACUGACUGUCAGUAUUAUUUCUCUUUCCCCAGCAGACUCCAGGGCAUUUAAAUUAAAGGUACAGUGUUCUGCACUAAUUAUA